AUGCAGCUAAACCCUGAACAAAAUAACCUUCAGAAAGUUGUUAUCCCUAGUGAACCAGAUCCCGCCACGAAUCUAAUAGAUUCUACGGACAAAACACGAGAUUUCCUUGAUAUUGAUAAGAAUAGGGAUAAGGAAGAGAUACCUACUAGCUUUUCUUGGGAAGGACAAUGUCAAACAUUAGUUUCCGAAGAUUCACUUGUAAAGGAGCAGAAUUUUUACGACAUUGGUUUUGGUACAGUUGGUAAAUCAGAUUUUUCGGGCUUCUCUACCGCGAAUGGGCGACACCUGAAUCAAAUAUCAGAGGAUUCUUUUCGGAAGACGCUAGAUUCAUUUGGUAUAUGUAUUAUUCCGGAAAACGCUCUAGAACUGGGAUUUUCUAGCGCUAGUGACCAUAAUCUUGGAAUAAAUUCCGAAUAUUCUUUCGAUAAGGCGCAUAAAUCGUGUAAUGUUGAUUCUCUAGAUGAAGAUUCAUUUAAUGCAUUGGAGAAACCUACUGGGUUUGCUACUGCUAGUGGAAAAUGCCUGAACGCAGUAUCCGAAGGUUUACUUGUUGAGGCGCGUAAUUCUUUAAAGGUCGAUUCUGAAAUGGACCUAUCUAACGGAAAUUCAGAUUAUUUGCUUGAAGAAGAUUCAUUCAAUGCAUUGGAGAAGCCUACUGGAUUUACCACUGCUAGUGGAAAAUGCUUGAACGCAGUAUCCGAAGAUUUACUUAUUGAGGCGCGUAAUUCUUUAAAGAUUGACUCUGGAAUGGACCUUUCUAACGGAAAUUCAGAUUAUUUGCCUGAUGAAGAUUCAUUCAAUGCAUUGGAGAAACCUACAGGGUUUGCUACUGCUAGUGGAAAAUGCCUGAAUGUAGUAUCCGAAGGUUUACUUGUUGAGGCGCGUAAUUCUUUAAAGAUUGAUUCUGAAAUGGACCUUUCCAACGGAAAUUCAGAUUAUUUGCUUGAAGAAGACUCAUUCAAUGCAUUGGAGAAACCUACUGGGUUUGCCACUGCUAGCGGAAAAUGCUUGAACGCAGUAUCCGAAGAUUUACUUAUUGAGGCGCGUAAUUCUUUAAGGAUCGACACUGCAAUGGACUUAACCAAGGGAAAUGCAGAUGAUUUGCUUUCAAAGACAUUGAUCGAUAAUGGUAAUGCUGAUACAGUUAAUUUUCUGACGUUUAAUAUUCCGCGAGAAAAGGAAUCCAUGUCACUUUUAAAUGAUUCGUUGGAAGGAACAUGCUCUGAUCAAAAUAGCAACGGAAAACGAUUACUAGAGAUUAAUGAAUCCCAAACCUUUAACGCGCAUAAUAAUGCCAGCAUAAGAAUCAAUGAGUCAUUAAGUUCACAAUCAAAUAUUGAAACCGAUGUGGGACGUAGAGGAAAUGAAGAUUUAAUAAAUAACAACAAUCAAAAAAUGGUUUUGACAUCAUUUUCGACUCAUGAUUCCAAAGAAAUCAAAUCAAACUUAAGAAUCCCAUCAAAUAUAUUGCAUAAACCACGAUUGAAGGAUACAAAUAAGUACAAAUUUACUAGGAAAAAAAGGCAUCCUUCAAGUCCCUCAAGAGUCAGGAAAUUAAGAAAGACACUUCACCCAAACAUAGCUGUGUCGAAUAAUCCCAAUCCCAACAACAAAAUUGAUCAAAAUUUUAUAAAUUCCAAACGCUCGGUGCUCGAUAAUACCAAGAAGAUAUUUGAUUUGACAGCACCUUCGAAAAGAUACAGACUCAGGGAUAUUGUGCCUGAUCUUUCUCUUA